AUGAGUGCAGUCGACGCUAGCCGCUUCUCGGUCACCUGCGCCUACCCUGAGUUGGCCGAUCGUAGACGUCUCGCAGCUCGUCGCGAAUCUGUGCGGGGCGAGCAGACCCGCCCUUUCUCUGAUGCAGCUCCAGUGACUCCAGAGUCGACAGAGCUCAAUGUUGCUGUAGUCAGAAGUCCUUCGGUGACUCCAAGAAUCCACAGUGUUGGCCAUGUUGAUAUUGAGCCACCGCGAAUAGAACUUGCAGUUCCAGGAUCUGCCGGCAUCAACCUGGAUGAUCUACCGCCACGAGCCAUUGGGCUCGCGCUCUUAGAUAUCUAUUUUGAACGGUUGUACAAUGCUACCUUGCUUUUUAACCGUACUCAGCUCUUUGAGUCUUACCUGGAUGGUAGUCUACCUCCUUAUCUAUUGAGGAGCAUAUUUGCAUUAUCUUCAUUAUUCCUUCGUAAACCACGAUAUCAAUCGCCCAGGCUCGGGAGUCAUGCUGUCUCUACAGAACUUGCAGCUUUUGCUACAUAUGCUAGCUAUGGAGAUGCUUGGGCCGAGUCAGCAAGACGUGAGGUGUGGCUCCUUACAGAUCGACCGACCGUUCAAGUAGUUCAAGCUCUUUCAUGUCUCAACCUAUACUGGUUUGCCACAAGAGAUCUAGACCGAGCUCGGAUCAACGCUGUUAUGGCCUAUGCAUCAGCCACUACAUUUCGCUCCAUUAACGUCUCAGACAACGAGACGCGGACAAAGAACGGGCUGCAGCUUAUAGAAAGAAAGCACGGCUGCUUUUGGGCAUGCUGGGCAACGAUGUCCAUCUCUUCCUUUCCUGAAGCAUAUGCGAAGAACGCUUGGGAAGAAGCUUGUAAUGUGGCCCUUCCUAUUGCAUCAGAUGGGUUUGCCAGUGAUGCGAACGUCGGGCAUCACUACCACAUGACGGUGGAAUGGAAGCCAGAAGGUCUCAGCGACGAGCUUAAUCCUCCUUCAUCAAUCAUGGCAGAACACAUGAGACUCAUGGGGGUUUGGUUGGCGAAAGAUAUUUAUGACUCGAGCCAGUUUCCUCCUUACACUACAGGCAACGAGAGUACUGGCAAUAUUGCGCGGCUGCUAGGACUACACUCAUUGUACCAUCUUUGCCAAAUAGUUCUUCUUUGUCCCCUAGUUUCUCUUUUCUCUGGUCGACGAGGCAUCGCAGGGGCAACGACUCAGACCCAUGCAGAGACAAUCAUCAAGCAUGCCAUUCACCACGGGCAUCUGAUCCGGGACUAUCUUACCAGACGGCAGGAUGUAUCGAAACUCAGCUCUCAUGUCGGCUUUGCUAGCUUUGUGUCGACAUCAAUCAUCCUUACCCUCUUGAGGUCAAGGGCUCGCCGACAUCAUGCUGAUGGAAAUACACGGGAUCAUGUGUCCCACGCACUCGUGACACUGAUUCAGGAUAGUAUCGAUAUACUCAGCAUUCUCCAGACUUUCUGGGAACACCUAGAGCCAAUGACUAGUAGCCUGCAGCGGGCUGCUGACCUAGUACUAGGGCCGUUCGACCGCGACCGGCAUAGCAUCACAGGAGCCGAGUCUAGACCCAUCGAAAUCCCGAUGACAGGAGUCAAUAGUCCAGCGCGCGAGGAAGAUGUCAUCGCCACUACGUAUAUCGAGUCCCCAGAGUAUCCGAAUGGCCAGCAUUCCGCGAGCUCCUACGCGAAUUCCCAUUUUGGGGUUACAGAUAGGGCCGUGGAACAUAUAACACAUAGCGUCGUUGAGACUGCUGAUUGGCAUCAUCAUAAUCUAUUCGAGUGGUGUCAGACAGAGGGACUUCUCGACAUUGGCGACGACUUCGUGGACAUUGGCAAUUCAGUCGAUUGGAAAAUGGACUUGGACCUAUUGACGGGUUUCUCCUCGCAGAUGGCGUGA